AAAAGUGAGGUGUUGGUGCUCUUGCCAGCACGACACAAUUGCCGCUUGCACGCUGGCAGUGUUGCGCUAUCGCUUGCAAACAUGGCGCAGCAGCGGUACCCACCGCACUAAUACGCUGCACGACACACGAAACCGCGUAAAAAAGCGACGCGCGUAAGCAUUUACAAGACCAAACCAGCUCAUUGCCAAAUGCGCACCCGCGGCGGCGCCACGACGCGCCGCCCGUCGACGCGCUUCGGUGGCCAGCGCGGCAACGCCUCGCCGAGCCCCGGCGGCCUCGCGGGCGUCGGCUCGCCUUUACAAACUCUGUGCGAGCUGGUCGGCGGCGAGCGGGCCGCCCGCGCGGCGGCGGCGAAGCAUCGAUGUGGUAGGUUCGUCAAGCCGGGCCCCGAGGACGUCGCGGCCUACACGACGGAGCUGCUCACGGCGACGCAGACGACGCGGAACCCGGCGCGGGACUUGGACGGCCGACACCUCGGCGCGCGGAACAAGUUCGGCGUGACGCUGCUCCACAAAGCGCUGCGGUUCCCGAACUGGCGCGCGGCGCGCCACUUACUUACGGUAAGACCGGACCUCGCGAACGCCCGAGAUGAUUUGGGACGGGCGCCCCUACAUGACGCGUGCUGGAACGAGCAGUUGGACUGGUCCGCCGUCGACGCAUUGCUCGCGCGGGACCCCUGCCAGCUGCUCUGUGCGGAUAAUCGGGGCCACACGCCUCUCUGCUACGCGCCGCAAUGCUCGUGGCGGGCCUGGGCGCAAUUUCUCCAAUCUAGGAGAGGCUUCCUCGAGUGGGCCUUCGAUGCGGAUCGAGACGCGUGUAGCGAAGCGCCGGAGGACAUUCUGGCGCUGCUGCCCUCGCGCAAUCCGGUGGUGAGCGAGCCGUCGUCGGAUAGCGACGGCGGCGGUCCUCCGGUGAAGCGGCCGCGCGUCGCCGAGGAACCGCCACCGCCGCCUCCAACAACGUCGCCGCAGCGGCGGUCGCCGGCGCAGCGCUGGACGGAAGUCGCGCGGUCCGUGCUCCUCGCGCACUGCCCGCGCUACGCCCCUGAUAGACCCGCGCAGACGCCCGCGAACUCGCCGCCGCGCGACGGCCGGGCCCUGCCGGCGCCGCUGCCGCCACUCUGAUGAGAGACCUGCCCUGUGGACAACCUCGUACUAAUACUUGUAUCGCA